UAAUUUAUGUUAGUAAUUCAGUUUUUUGUCAUAUUUUCAAUUUAUUUAUGUCAGAUUUAGUAAGCUAGAUGUCUCUGUUAAACUUACUUUACGCUUAAACAAACAAAUGUCAUCGUGUUUUGUGUCUGUUGUUCAGGUUACUAAAUGUGGUAUUUAGUUUUAAAAUUGUUGAAUUUAUACUCUUAACAUUAAGGAUGAUUAGGACGAACAACGACUGUCGUCCGUAGCUUUCGAUUUCGACUGUAGAUGAAAUGCCAGCGAAUAUGUGUUUAUGCCUACUCACUGUUAUUAACUUAUGCCACAUACUGUUUUUUUGCGUAAUACCCACGCACUGUCAAGUCAAGACAAGACACAGAGGAUAGCAGUGUUGUGCCGUUCAUAUUUUGGGCGAACGUGUACUGAACGUGCUGUAUUUCCGCAUGAUGAACGUUAUUGUGAACGCGUUCAUUCUGGCGUUCGUGAACGGCGCCCUCUCACAGUAUAACGUCGUUCAAGAGACGACGGCAGCGCUUGCUCGGACAGCUCAGACUCUACGGCGCUUGGGGACGCAGAGCCACAAUGGCGUGUGGUGUAAUGAAGUUCAGCACGCCACCAUCUGAUUUGCUUAAUUACCUGCAAAACAACGGAAUAACAGGUUCAGAUUACACGAGAAAGGUUUCACACUUUGUGUCCACACAUAAAAAAAGGAUUUUCUCCCUCAAAAAUCCUGCUGGGGCCACAUGGUCAAUAGGAGACCUGGAUGAUACCAUUUACAGGGGCAAAGAGAAUGAGUUGAAUGGGUGGGGGAAAUUCUAUCUUCCCAACAUAGUACACAUGCAGGUUGUAGGUGUAGUGGAGGGGUUCUCAUGUCUGUGUGACCAGCUCAUUCUGAUGACCUGUGAGGACAAGAAGAUGUAUGCCUACGAUGGAGAGGAGCUGCACGUGGUGGCCUCAAGCCUGGAGCAGCUAUUUAAAGAGGGAAUAGAGUACCCAUCAUCCAAGAGUUAUUACUACGGGGAGGCUUUCAAAGACAUGACUGUCAACGACUGGGAUAAAGUGAAGAAGGGCGCUGUGGGGAAGAGUUUGGACCAAGCGCACCAAAAACUGGUCACAGCAGAGAAGUCCAGAUUCCUGCAGGCUCUCAAAUCUACGAGUCGCCCAAUACCAAGCAGGUGCCUUGUCAACCGAAAGUAUCAACACUGGACGACCUCUGAUUCACGUGCUGCACUUUCCAAUGUUUCCUGUCCAGGAGUUGCCAGCUGAUGUGUUUGGUUUUUGUUCAAUAAAUUUUAAAUAUGUAUGUACAGUUGUAGAAAAGGAUAACAAUGUCAGCUUCCAUGUCAACAUAAAUCCAUACAAGAAUGUCACAUGUACAUGUAAAGCUGAUCUAAUAUGAUACCUCUGUAGGCCUUUCUGUGACAGCAGACACAGUGUCUUCAUCUUCAUUAUCCUUUGAAGACAAGCAUUUUAUUCUGUGAACUUUAUACCACUACUGGUUAUGAGUUUUGGUCUGUUGAGUUACUUACAACAGGCUGGAGUUGGGCUACAUGAGGCUCCAAGAAGUGGAGACUUCCCUCAGAGUCUACUGGAUUCAAGAACAAACGUCCUGCCUUUAAAAGAGGCUUCAAAAAGAGGUGUGGACUUCUUAAAUGUUAUGAAGGCACUUGUGUCCUGGGGGGUGACUGGCUCAGAUGAGCUGCCUCCUGGGAUUCCCUCAGCCACUGGCCUUCCACUAGUUUGGCUAAGGGCCAUCUCCUCUGCCUCGGUUAGAGGUGGUGGUGCAGGUCCUCCACCCGUUUUAGGGGUGAACCUGCUUCAUGAAACAGGCCCCAGGUUGGCUGACUCCUGGGGUUUAGCCUAGGGGUUCACAUACUUUUGCCACCUUGCACUGUGAAUGUUUACAUGUUGUGUUUAAUAAAAACUGUUCAAUAAAAACAAUUUCUUUUGUUGAAAUUUUAAAUGACUAAAUCUUACUAAUGUUCCUUUUUUAAAAAUAUAUUUUUUUUCUGGUUAAGGAUGGGUGGUAGAACACUGAACUGUAUAAAAAGAUUUCUGUUCGGGGAGACUGAAAUACUGGCAAACCACAACAUAUGAGGAAAUUUGUUUUAUACUGACAUUUGUUAAUAGUUUGAAUGAUUGAAAGGCGUUCACAUAGAAGAUAACCACCCAGACACCCCCAGUAAUAGCAAAAGUGGGACCAACAAACUCCUUUAAAUGCUGAAAGAAAUACAAUUUUGCUAUCGCAUUUAUGUAUUUUCUUCAUCCAAGAGUCAUUUCCCAAACCACAGUGAGGAAGCUUAAACAGUCACCGUCCUCAGUUACAGACACUGAACAUUUUUACAGUGAAGCACAUCUCCAAGUUUCUUUCUUAGUGUGCUUCUUAGUUGUUUUUUUUGUUUGUUUUGUUUUUUAUUUCUGCUUUCAUAUCAGUCAACAGCUGUACCCUGAGCACACUUCCUGUUUCUUUUGCAAGAUAGACGUCAUCAUCCUCCCUUCUGACUUUUGGAUCCAUGUACAGUUACAUAUUUACAAAGACUUCAUUCACUUCAUUCACAUUGUUAAGUACUGAGCUAACCAGUAAUAUACCAGUCAUAUCCCUGUAGAACUAACUGGCCUUCAAACUUCGCGUGAGCAUUUAGUCGUUGUUUGGCUACAGCACAUGAUGAAACCAAGCAGUGGUAAGGAGUGGUAGUUUCACCCAGGGGGCAGGGCUUAUUUCUGUCUUUCUCUUUCAUUUCCUUACAUUGGUGAGUGGUGGUGUGUUUUGUUUGCUUUGCCCGUAUUUUAUAUCAUUAUGAUUGCAUUAUAUAUUGCUAAUUUAAUUUGUGUUGUCAGUGUUGUCAGUAAAAUGUGUAAUUGUUUUGUAUGUGGUGUAUUUUUCUUUCCAACUUUAUCAGCAUUAUCAGGCAGCAGUACAGAACAUGACGAGGGAAGAAGAAUUCCUGAAAAAGCAAGAACUUUUCAGAAGGAAUGCUUUCUUGAUUAUCACUGAAAUGGUGGCUUGGAGUCCAGUACAUCCGUCAGAGUUAGUGGAUGAGGUUCUUCACAGCAUCUUCUUUUUGGGAAAGUUCAUAAUUCCUCAAUAUAAUCCCGAAAGCAUUCUGAGUGAUGACGACAUGUUGAAUACACUGAAGACGGUCUACCCCAACCCUUUUCAACUGUAUUCCUCUCAACUACCUAAGCGGAGUCCAGUCUCAUGUGUGCUGGACAUGAUUGUCGGUAUCACUGGACAAGAGAAUGAGGGCGAAAUAAAAGAAUGCCUGCAAAAGCUCAUGCUGAGACUGAUGCAGGAUGACGCAACGUAUCUGAUCUCCUCCACCAUCUGUGUCUCUCAGCUCAAAAACCUGUCAGAUUCACACAGGUACUAUGGGGUCUCCAUGUCCACUUUUGGCCCAAUGCCUGGGCGAAUCGUCACCGCUGCUUCCUGUCUUAGCUACUGGGACAGUUGCGUAGCUGGUGCAGUGAUGACCUAUGAUUUUAAGAAGAUCAAAAAGACAUAUUUUGAUGGAACCAUCCAACUUCCAGAAAAUUCUGUCAGGUGCGAGGCGUUUAGCAUCAGCCGAGGGACACAAAUGCCUCCUUGCAGAUCAUGUGGGAAUUUGUUUGGUUUGACAACAAGUGAAGAAAGGCAGUGGCCCUAUGGUAACUGUGCUGAAGUUGAAAGUGUCAGCAACUUGCUUAAAAACGAGACAGAAUUGAAAGAACAGGUACGACCAACAUCUGAGACGAGCACUGAUGUGAAUAGGCGGGAGGCUGAAGAGAGUGUCAGAAAAGAGCUCAUGAAUUGUCUGAAAACGGUGGAAUUUAAGUGGGAUGAAUGUUUCUACACCCCCAAAAAGCGUUGAAUCCUAAAACAGGGAAAUAAUUACAUAUGAAAUGUUGAUAAGAACAAUUCUUAAGGUUUUUAGAGCAAACAGAUUAAUUUUUUUUCAUGCAAUUCUUUACCAGUAAAGAAAUUGGCAUCUCACUCACUUUUUUGUGAAUGCAGAAUUCGUGUGGUCAGGGAUGUAAAUAUAUCAUGCUUUACUGUCGCACUUUGUUAAUGCUCCAGCUGCUUAGUACUUUAAUAAUAAAACACAAAUGCAUGUAUGGCAAACAUUUAAUGUAUUAGUAAUGUAAUGAUGUACUGAUCAUGUUAUUCAACAAUAAAAUUAUAGUGAUGUGAACCCUA